CUAUCAUUCUUUUCCGUCGAACUUCUGCAUGCAUCUUUUACGCUCGCUUUUGCCCGUCAAAUAAGCUGCAUGAGAGUUCAUUGCGGGCUAUUUUGUACCACAUACCGCCCUGCAUCCACUUUCAGCAUCACUUCCACUCUCAAUAAUAGCCACCCUCGCUUUGUCCCGCGCUUCAGCUCUGCUCACAUUGUAUCGUGUUCUUCAAGCCUAGUUACUUGAUGAUCAGCUUGCACUCGCUUUCAUUUCCCUAUUGAAGCCUUCGACUUUCCAGUCUGCAUCGCUAUAUCUAGGAAUACACUUCGACAUCAUCCAUAGCGCUCGCAGCUUCACCAAGUACCUUCACGAGCCAUCGCGAUAUCAUUACUACGCUAUAUAGUUAACACUCCGGCGAACUAGUUUCGCUCUAGCGGGCAACAUCGAAUAUCGAACAUAACACCUCGGUGUCGAGGGGCUACAUCCCGACACGAUGGCUGGGCAGCUAGGAUUCACUCCUGCCCACGCGCAGUCAUCCCUACCGUCGUUACCAGCUCAUUUGCAAUCAGACACACACCUAACGGCACAUCUAGCAAGCAGGUUUCAUGUCGGAUUGCCAACAGCUCGUCUUUCCUCCCAAGCCCUCAUAAGUCUCAAUACCUUCACUUCCUCGUCAAGAGGUCCCGAUGGUGGGAAGGAAGGGAGUGCCCUUGGGGAGGCGGAAGAUCUAGCCAAGCGCGCAUUUACUCGAUUGGGUGCGCGUGGGGAGAACCAGGCCGUCGUGUUCUUAGGAGAGAGUGGUUCUGGAAAAACCACCGUUCGCUCGCACCUGUUGUCAUCUUUCCUUGCGUAUUCAUCGACUCCUCUGUCGGCGAAGCUGUCCUACGCUGCCUUUGUCUUCGACACCCUGACGACCACAAAGUCAUUGACCACUCCAACGGCUUCAAAGGCAGGCCUGUUUUACGAAUUACAGUAUGACGCAUCCUCAGUCAAUCCUACCUUGAUCGGUGGUAAGAUCAUCGACCACAGGCUAGAACGCAGUCGGAUCGCAUCAGUGCCAACCGGUGAACGGAGUUUCCAUGUCCUUUACUACCUCCUAGCCGGGACUAGUGCCGCAGAAAAGUCUCACCUGGGGUUUGACACUUCCAUCAACAUCCAGUCCGGAGGUAAGAUCAUCUCAGGACAGAACGCUAAACGAUGGAGAUAUCUGGGACAUCCAACGCAAUUGAAAGUCGGCAUCAAUGAUGCAGAAGGCUUCCAGCAUUUCAAAACAGCCUUGAGGAAGUUGGAAUUUACACGCAGUGAUAUUGCCGAGAUCUGUCAGAUCUUGGCUACUAUUCUUCAUAUCGGCCAGCUAGAGUUUGCAACCGGACAGGCCACCGCCACUGUCGCAGAUGAGAGUGGUGGAUAUUCCCGCGAUGGCGGUGAAACUGUCACUGUUGUGAAGAAUAAGGAUGUUCUCUCCAUUAUCGCUGCCUUUCUGGGUCUGGGUGUGGAACAGCUGGAAACCAGCCUUGGUUACAGUACCAAGACUAUCGGCCGCGAGCGUGUGACUGUCAUGCUCGAUCCCAAGGGUGCACAGCAAAACGCCGACUCGCUUGCCCGUACGAUCUACUCGCUUCUUGUCACGUACGUGAUUGAGAUGGUCAACCAGAAGAUUUGCGCAGCGGAGGAUAGCGUUUCUAAUACAAUUUCGAUUGUCGAUUUUCCCGGCUUUGCCCCAGUCGCUUCCACCGGAUCUACCUUGGAUCAACUCCUCAACAAUGCUGCGAAUGAAUCGCUGUACCACUAUUGUUUGCAGACGUUCUUCGACCUGAAAGCUGAUAUGUUGGAACGUGAAGAGGUGACAGUCGCGGCAACCAGCUACUUUGAUAAUACCGAUGCUGUACGGGUGUUACUGAAGCACGGAAAUGGGCUUUUGAGCAUACUGGAUGAUCAGAUGAGACGUGGGAGAACGGAUGCCCAGUUCAUUGAAAGUCUCAAAAAGCGCUUCGAGAAGAAAUCCACUGCCAUCGUCGUCGGCAACUCGGACUCAUCCGGCAACUACCUCUCACAGGGUUCCGGUCGAACGUUUACAAUCAAACAUUAUGCCGGUGAAGUUGACUACUCUGUGGAUGGAUUAAUCGAGGAAAAUGGCGAGAUCGUGUCGGCCGAUCUGAUGAAUCUCGUGAAAUCCACCAGAAGUGAUUUUGUGAGGGAGCUCUUUGGACAGGACGCUUUGCAAACCAUCGCCCAUCCAAGGGAGAAAACGACUAUCAUGCAGGCACAAAUAAGCUCGAAACCUUUGCGAAUGCCCAGCAUGGCGAGACGUAAUCCCAGCCAGGCGCUGAAACACAGGGGUCUCGCAUCGAAUACGAGCACCGAGGAUCCGGACGAAUACGAGUCCAAAGCAGGAAGCACGAAGAAAACCAAAUCGAGAAGCGCGCUGCGCGUUGGCACUGGCCAAGGUGCGGCCGGCCAGUUCCUCGCUUCACUGGAUAUUGUCAAUAAGUCUUUGACGACUCCCAACGUGAAUAGCUAUUUCGUCUUCUGUCUGAAACCCAACGAUCGACGUAUUGCCAACCAAUUCGAUAGCAAAUGCGUACGCUCGCAGGUACAGACUCUGGGCAUAGCCGAGAUUAGCCAAAGGCUACGCAAUGCCGAUUUCAGCGUCUUCCUCCCGUUUGCUGAGUUCCUGGGGCUGGCUGAAAUUGGGAACAUCGUCGUUGGUAGCGACAAAGAAAAAUCCGAAGUCUUUUUGGACGAAAAGCGGUGGCCUGGCAACGAAGCAAGAGUUGGGAGCACCGGAGUCUUUUUGAGUGAACGAUGCUGGGCUGAGCUGGCGAAAGUUGGCGAUCGGGUUAUCCCAGUUUAUUCUUCAAGGGAGGCAGGUGAUAGUACGGAUGGUCUGCUUCGUCCACAGGGUAUGGCGUACAAUGAUUCCAAAGUCCGGCUUAUCAACUCGGGAGAGCAGUCUCCUUACGGCUAUGGUGACGACACGAAGGGAUACUUUGGCAGUCGCGAGAUGGACGCGCGAUCCGAUGCCGGGGCGUCUGCGUUCAACUCUGGCGACAUGUUCCGAAAUUUUGAGACACGGGAACAGAUGCUGGAAAAGGGUAACGAGAAGAAAAUGGAGGAAGUGGAAGAGAUCCCUGUUUCAGGCAGCCGCAAGCGCUGGCUCGCAAUCGUCUGGAUGCUGACGUUCUACAUUCCCAAUUUUCUUAUUCGGACCGUUGGCCGCAUGAAGAGGAAGGACGUUCAGAUUGCCUGGCGCGAAAAAUUUGCGAUCAACCUGCUCAUCUGGUUGUCCUGUGGUAUUGCGGUUUUCAUAGUGUGUGGCUUCCCUCCCUUGAUUUGUCCUACGCAACACGUAUACUCGGCGGCAGAACUUACGUCACACAACGGGAAGGAUGGCCAUAACUCUUACGUUUCCAUCAGAGGCGUUGUUUUUAAUCUUGGUGAAUUUAUGCCCAACCAUUAUCCGAAGAUCGUACCGCAAUCAGCGUUGAAGAAAUACGCAGGUCUUGACGCUACGGAUCUCUUUCCGGUCCAGGUAUCAGCUUUAUGUCCCGGUAAAAAUGGGCAUGUUGAUCCAAGCGUGCUCUUGGAUUACAAGCCUACCAACGUCUCCGGAUCGGCCACGAAGAUUAGCAGUACGGAUCCCAAUUCGGUGUACCAUGACUUCAGAUACUUCACCAAUGAUUCACGUCCAGAUUGGUUCUACGAGCAGAUGGUGUAUCUCAAAGGCAAUUACAUGAAAGGCUAUAUCGGUUACGCCCCUGACUACUUGAACACGCUGGCGGACAAGUCACAGAAUAUCGCCAACAUUAACGGCAAGAUCUACGAUCUUACCAACUACAUCGCUGGAGGACGCCUAACCAAGGCGCCACCGGGAAAGAAAGUCCCUUCCAAUGUCGAUGUUGAUUUCAUGGACGAUAGGGUCGUCGAUCUUUUCCAACAGCGCCCUGGGCAAGAUAUAACAAAAUAUUGGGAUAGACUUCCAAUCGACGCGGAGCUGCGCCAGCGCAUGCAACUAUGUCUAGACAAUCUGUUCUUUGUUGGUCAUCUCGACACCCGAAACUCAGCACGAUGCCUGUUUGCUCGCUACUUUAUUCUCGCAAUAUCUAUUUUUGUAUGUUCCGUCAUCCUCUUCAAGUUCUUUGCUGCUCUUCAGUUCGGCAGGAAGAACAUCCCUGAGGACCUUGAUAAAUUUAUUAUAUGUCAAGUUCCCGCCUACACGGAGGAUGAGGAAUCCAUUCGCCGUGCAAUCGACUCAAUGGCUCGAAUGAAGUAUGAUGACAAACGCAAGCUACUGGUAGUGAUCUGUGAUGGUAUGAUCAUUGGCCAAGGCAAUGACCGUCCUACGCCGAGAAUUGUUCUAGAUAUCUUGGGUGUUCCAGAGACCAUUGAUCCCGAGCCCCUCAGCUUCGAGAGUUUGGGAGAAGGCAUGAAACAACACAAUAUGGGAAAGGUCUACUCUGGUCUGUAUGAAGUACAGGGCCAUAUCGUUCCUUUCCUGGUCAUUGUCAAAGUGGGGAAGCCAUCAGAGGUAUCACGCCCUGGUAACCGAGGAAAACGUGAUUCCCAGAUGGUCGUUAUGCGCUUCUUGAACCGGGUCCAUUACAACCUCCCUAUGGCUCCUAUGGAACUUGAGAUGUAUCAUCAGAUACGGAACGUCAUUGGUGUCAACCCUGCAUUCUAUGAGUAUAUCUUGCAGGUUGAUGCCGAUACCAUUGUCGCCCAGGACUCCGCAACUCGAUUUGUUGGAGCAAUGCUUUCUGAUGUUCGCGUGAUUGGAGUCUGUGGAGAGACUUCUUUGGGUAAUGCUAAGCAGUCUGCAGUGACAAUGAUGCAGGUGUAUGAGUAUUUCAUAUCCCAUAACCUCAUCAAGGCGUUUGAGAGUCUUUUCGGGUCCGUUACCUGUUUACCAGGGUGUUUCACUAUGUAUCGUAUCCGCUCGGCCGAUACUGGAAAACCACUGUUCGUCAGCAAAGAAAUCAUCGACAGCUACUCGGAAAUCAGAGUUGACACCCUUCACAUGAAGAAUCUGCUGCACCUUGGAGAGGAUCGUUAUCUGACAACACUUCUUCUGAAAUAUCACCCAAGAUUCAAGACCAAAUUUGUCUUCAAUGCCCAUGCUUGGACUAUUGCCCCUGACAGUUUCGCAGUUUUCUUAUCACAACGCCGUCGAUGGAUCAACUCUACCGUCCACAAUCUCAUUGAACUGGUCCCGCUUCAGCAAUUGUGUGGUUUCUGCUGCUUUAGCAUGAGAUUUAUUGUCAUCCUCGACCUCUUAAGUACAGUCAUCCAGCCUGUCACACUUGCCUACAUCAUAUAUCUCAUCGUUUGGCUUUCCAUUGAUACGGACGUGAUUCCGUGGACAUCCUUCGUCAUUCUUGGAGCAGUCUACGGUCUGCAGGCAAUUGUCUUCAUCCUUCGUCGUAAGUGGGACAUGAUAGGUUGGAUGAUCGUUUACAUUCUUGCCCUUCCUGUAUAUUCGCUUGCACUUCCCCUAUACUCUUUUUGGCACAUGGAUGAUUUCUCUUGGGGUAACACUCGUGUUAUCACGGGAGAACAAGGUCAAAAGCUCGUCAUAACAGACGAAGGCAAGUUUGACCCUGCCUCUAUUCCGAAGAAGAGGUGGGAAGAAUACCAAGCGGAACUGUGGGAGGCUCAAACACAGCGCGAUGACCGGUCAGAAUUCUCUGGGUACUCGUAUGCUACCAAGUCAUACCAUGCAGCACAGUCAGAGUAUGGAUACCCUGGCUCUCGACCGAUGUCUCAUCUUGACAUGCCUCACUAUGGGUCACGCAUGUCCUUCGCACCAUCGGAGAUGUUGGGCCGGAAUGCAGACAUGGAAAUGUCAGAUCUCUCGAACUUGCCGGGCGAAGAUGCCAUUCUCGCUGAGAUACGCGUUAUUCUCAGCACGGCAGAUUUGAUGACCGUUACGAAGAAGAGCGUCAAGCAGGAGCUGGAGAGGCGCUUCGGUGUCAACUUGGAUGCUAGGAAGGCGUAUAUCAAUUCAGCUACCGAAGCCGUUCUGGCUGGUCUUCUUUGACUUAGUAUUUAGUAAUGCAUACAUGGGAGCGGGGUUUUCUCUUUUUUUAUUUUAUUUUUCCAUCUAUUAUUUUUUGUUUCUUCUUACUGGGAUUGGAAUAUAGUGGUUUAUAAUUCUCCUUGGUACCUACUACUUACCUACUCUCUCUCGGCUAUUCGUUUCAUGGCCUUGUCAAAAAUUGCUAUAUAGUGGGGGCUUUUUUGGUUGGUUGAUAUGUUCAUUGUUCUAUUAAUUGCAUUCGAUGCUUAUCUGGCAUAUUGAGGCACGUCUGGUUGGGUCUAGUUCUCAGAAAGUCUCCAGGGAAUUGUCAAGGUUCCUUUUUUUGUGAAAUGACCAACGUUCGCCAUUUGUCUGCAUCUAUCUAUCUAUCUUGCGUCUAUGUUGGUUGAAGUCCAUACAUAAUUGGGGUAAUUGUGAUGGGAGUGACCAGUUUCAUUUAUCGUUUGCAAUUUGAUUGAGAUUGAGAUUGGCUGGCUGCCAUAAGUUAUGGAAAUUCAUGAAAUGCUUCAUGUAGGAUAGAUAGGAUAGCAUCAACCACUUUCAUACGUAAAAUUAGACAGAAAAUGUAACCAAUGGAAUAUGAACCUUCUCUACUCCUUUUUAAAAACAAGAUAUUUCAAAGAAAUUCUCAUUCCAAUUCCUGUUCCAUCUACUAUAACUCACGACUUCGCGCACCCGGGAUAUCAGUGUUCGUAUGGUAUAUAGAAAAGAAAAAAAAAAAAAAAAAACAACAAAACAAAGACCAUGAUCCAAAUUCCAAAAUGAUAAAAAAAAAAAGGGGGGGAAGAGGAUGACAGUAAGAAAAGGAACAGAACAGAGAAGAAAAUGGUAUUAAAAAAACCCAAGACGUGCGUACUAUCCCAUCCAGAUUGGAUAGAUGGGGGGACGAAAAAGGUUGGAACAGAAGUAGCACAAACAGCAGCAGCAGAACACAGUAUGCGCCGUCAUUUCCCAUCACAUUAUCUCCAUCAUUCUCUCAUCUGACCUGAUCUGGUAUCAUGUCGGAUAUGAGGAUGUUCUUCGAAGAGUCAAUCAAGCAAGCAAGCAGACAUACAAACAGAGGGGUAAAGCAAAAAGAGUCACAAAUCUGUCUGCCCCGAAGCCCUUGCAUGCCCCUCGCACCACAAGGAGGAAAACGAGGACAUCUGGUCUCACCAGGAGGAAGAGAGAAAAAUCAAAUUGCUGUGGAUAAUACAAACGUUCGAUAGAAAUUUGUCAAAUCGUUUGUUUUUGCCUUCUCUGCAGGCAGACAGACCAUAUUCUGCAUUCUGCAUAGAUACCGAUAUUUCGCCGCUUUGUUCCAGUAACCACUUCCCCGUUUCUCUUACUGCCCUCUUUUUCUUUUUCUUUUUUUCUUUUUCUUUUUCUUUUUUUCUUUUUCUUUUUCUUUUUUUCUUUUUCUUUUUCUUUUUUUUU